ACACAUACAUGUCAUGUUAGGAGCACCCGUUACGCGCAACUGCAAUAGUUUCCUUAAAUAUCUUAAAAUUAAAGUGCAAUUUUGCGAGGAAACGUAUAAACUCUGAAUUUAAUAGGUUUUCAAAGCCAAUAUGUUAGCUGACAAUGAGAUUGAUGACUCGGAUUGUUCGGUUCGAGUAGCUGUAAGAAUCCGACCGCAGAAUCCACGAGAGCUUAUAGAUAUGUGUCGUAUUUGUACAACUGUGAUACCUGGGGAACAUCAAAUUAUUCUGGGAUCAGAUAAAGCAUUUACAUUUGAUUAUGUUUAUGAUACCAGCUCUAUACAGGCUGAUAUAUACAAUGAGUGUGUGGCGCGCUUAGUGGAGGGAGCUCUUAAUGGGUACAACGCGACGGUACUAGCCUAUGGCCAAACAGGGUCUGGAAAGACUUAUACGAUGGGUACCGGUUUCGACCACGCAUUUUUAGACCAUCAACUUGGCAUUAUACCUCGUGCAGUUCGGCAUUUGUUUGCCGGAAUUGAAAACUUGGUGCUGAGUAUUGAGGAAAUACCGACCGAACAAGCAAAGUCUGAGUUCAGUGUUGCUGUGCAAUUCAUAGAACUGUACAACGAGGAUAUUAUUGACUUGUUGGACCCAUAUAGUAAAGGAAGGAGUUUUAGGAUACAGGAGAGCAGUAAUGGAGAAAUUGCUGUUACUGGUGCUACUAUCAAAGCAAUAUAUGAACCACAGGAUGCAUUAAAAUAUCUUCAACAAGGGGCUUUAGCGCGAACAACUGCAUCAACCAAAAUGAAUGAUCAAUCAUCGCGGUCGCAUGCAGUUUUUACAAUACUUAUUCGCAGGCAGCGUCUUCUUGCUUCGGAAUCUAACUUCGCAGAAAACGACUUGGAAACAUUGACUUCAAAAUUUCAUUUUGUUGAUUUAGCUGGCUCGGAGCGUUUGAAGCGCACAUUAGCUACGGGCGAACGAGCACGUGAGGGCAUUUCAAUAAAUUGUGGCCUGCUGGCUCUUGGAAAUUGUAUUUCCGCACUGGGAGACAAAUCUAAAAAGUCUACCCACGUGCCGUACCGAGACUCAAAGCUGACACGGCUUCUUCAGGAUUCGUUAGGUGGCAACAGCAGAACAUUAAUGAUAGCCUGCGUAUCGCCGAGUGAUAGGGACUUUAUGGAAACUCUUAACACCUUGAAAUAUGCGAACAGGGCCAGAAAUAUUAAGAACAAAGUGCAAAUCAAUCAGGACCAGAGUUCGCGGACAAUUUUGCAAUUGCGAAGGGAAAUUGCGGCACUACAACUGGAGCUCCUGGAAUAUAAGCAGGGAAAACGUCUUAUAGACUGCGAGGGAAAUAAUUAUAUUUCGGAUACGUUUAACGAAAACGCGAUGCUGUUGGCUGAUAACAAACGAUUGCAUCAUCGAUUGAAAUCAAUGCAGGAGACGGUUCAAGUGUUAUCAGAAAAUAAUGCAAAACUAAAACUUGAAAAGGUAUCUCAAGAAUGGUCGCAAGGCGAUAAUUUUGAUUCCGUACUAACAAACAUAGUUGGAAACUAUCUGAGCGAGAUUGAAAAACUCCAAGCCAAGCUCAUUGAAUCGGAGGAGAUGUACCAACAACUGAAGAAGUCUAACUCCAAUUCCAAUUCACCACGGGUUUCCAAACCACUCUAUGAAGAUCCAGACAAAAUUAUAAACAUGGCGAAGCUCGAUUUAGAAAAGGAACGGGGACUUUUAAUGGCUCGCUCUUUGCCCGGCGCACACGAUGAAAACCUAAAUUUGGAAGAUCCUGAACCUUCUGAAAGUGAAAGUGACUCCGAAGAGAACGAAAUGGAAGCAGACUUGAAUGACAUCAAUUCAGAUAUAGAAAUUAAAACUAAGCUUAUUGAACAAUUGGAGCUGUCGCAACAAAGAAUUCAAAUAAUGAGGCAGCAGUAUGAAGAAAAAUUAAAUGUGCUGAAUUGCAAAAUAUCAAACACACAGAAAGAACGAGAUGAAGUGUUGUCCAAUAUGGUGUCCAGUGCGUCAGUUCAGUCAAAAGAUAAUGAGAAAAAGGUGAAGGCAGAAUAUGAACGUAAGAUAACUGAUAUGCAGCGGGAACUGAAGCGGCUUCAGUUUGCACAAAAAGAACAUAACCGGCAACAGAGAAAGCUUAAAACACAGGAAAUAAAACUACAGAAUCUGCGACUGGAACUACACGAAUUGAAAAGUAGCAAGAUAAAAUUGAUGAAAAAAAUCUCUGAACAAGUUAGUCGUUAUAAAGUGGAAGAUAAUAAGAAAUCAAAGGAAAUCGCUCAGCUGAGAAAGGAGCAGCGACGCCAACAAACUGCUGUCCUAUCUUUGCAGGCGAAAAUGAAUGCCAAAGAGCAAAUAUUAAGGCGAAAAACCGAGGAAGUCUCUGCCCUUCGAAAGAGUCAAAGGGGAGUUCGUGGACAAAAAAUUUCUGUUUUGGCAUUAAACAAUAAGAAUCGCAUAAAUACACGUACUCGUUCAGCGCACGUAAGGUGGGAUAAUCUUAUCCGCACAAUAUCUCAUGCAGCAAGGAAUAAACAGUUUAUUAUUCAACUGGAAAAAGAAUUGGGGCGACUUAUAACGCAACGGGAGGAUCUUAGUGCCGAUUUGGGCAACAUAGAGAAACGUCGGAGCUCCAACAAAGAAUGGGAAGAUUCCAAUGAAGAAGACAAUUUGAAGAUCAACAUAAGCUAUGUACAGGAAAACAUCGAACAUGUACAGCAAGCCAUUAUAGCGUUCGAAGAAGGCAAGGAGUCUCCGCAAAACGAUAUGCAAAAAAUUCAAAGUCUUUUAGAUAAUGUAACCACACUUGAAGAGGCGAAGUUUCUUCUUCAACGAUUGUCGGACAAUGCCGUCUAUUUAACCUGCACAUCUGCUAUAAACGAGGGUCAAUUGCAGGAGUAUAAAACAUUAUUGAACGAAGCAACUCAAGAAAGUAAUAUUCAACAGCAAUUACUGCAAUAUUUCCUCUCACAAAACAGCAACGUGCAAAUAUGCGAUUUAUUUGACUCACUCAACCUUGGAAAUGUUUGUAAUAUGGCUAGCUUAAGCCGAAACGGCUCCGAAACAUCUUUAAUCAGCAAUGGUACCUACGACAUUCCAAAUGGGGAGGUACCAGAAUCCCUAACCUGUUCCGGUGUACAGACUGGCGAAAGUAUGAGCUCAUCGACAGCAAUUAACCUAGAAUCUGGCGACAAAGGCCUAAAAAUUCGUAGGCACACUGCGAGACAACAUGAUCUGCUUUUCGGAAGUGAGGAACUCAAAACAACUAAGGAUCCAAUCAGGAACCAAUCACACGAGCCUAUGAAUCGAAAUAUUAUUCCAAACAUACGAGUAUCAAGUAUUUUGGGGGCUUUAAAAGAAUCAAUGCAUUCAACAGAAACUCCAACACCAGCCCCAAUAAAAAUGCCAGACCAGACACUGUCUUCCUACCUUGACCAAGGAUUAGAACCAACAUAAACAUCCGGAUUGGAAGUUUAGUUUUACAAUAUUAUAAAUAGCAAAGAAUAUUUUUAUAUAUAUUUCGCUCAAAUUUUGUUUAAUAAUAAAGGAAUUGUUAUAUUGGUGAAAA